GGUCACUCGGCGGGCAGGACGCGCUCGGGAGCGGCCCGGGGGCACCAUGCCCACCUUCGACGAGGCGCUGCAGCGGGCCGGCGAGUUCGGGCGCUUCCAGAGGCGCGUGUUCCUGCUGCUGUGCCUGACGGGCGUCACCUUCGCCUUCCUCUUCGUGGGGGUGGUCUUCCUGGGCCGCCGGCCCGAGCGCUACUGGUGCCGCGGGCCGGGCGCGGCGGCGCUGGCCGAGCGCUGCGGCUGGAGCCCCGAGGAGGAGUGGAACCGCACAGCCCCCGAGCCACGCGGCCACGGGCCCUGCCGGCGCUACCUGCUGGAGGCGGCCAACGCCAGCGCGCCCGCGGCCGGCGGGGCCACGGCCGCCCCGCUCAGCUGCGCCGACCCGCUCGCCGCCUUCCCCAACCGCUCGGCGCCGCUCGCGCCUUGCCGGGGCGGCUGGCGCUACGCCCAGGCCCACUCCACCAUCGUCAGCGAGUUUGACCUCAUGUGCGUCAAUGCCUGGCUGCUGGACCUCAGCCAAGCCAUCCUCAACCUGGGCUUCUUCACCGGCGCCUUCACCCUGGGCUAUGCCGCCGACAGGUACGGCAGGAUCGUCAUCUACCUGACCUCCUGCCUGGGCGUCGGCGUGGCCGGAGUGGUGGUGGCCUUUGCUCCCAACUUCACGGUGUUUGUCAUCUUCCGCUUCCUGCAGGGCAUUUUUGGGAAGGGCACGUGGAUCACCUGCUAUGUGAUUGUGACCGAGAUAGUGGGCUCCAAGCAGAGGAGGAUUGUGGGCAUCGUGAUUCAGAUGUUCUUCACCCUGGGAAUCAUCAUUCUCCCGGGAAUCGCCUACUUCAUCCCGAGCUGGCAGGGCAUCCAGCUCGCCACCACGCUGCCCAACUUCCUCUUCCUCCUGUAUUACUGGGUGGUUCCCGAGUCUCCCCGGUGGCUGGUGACCCAGAAGAAAGGAGAUAAGGCAUUACAAGUUCUGAGGCGCAUUGCCAAAUGCAAUGGGAAAUACCUCUCACCAAAUUACUCCGAGAUCACUGUUACAGAUGAGGAAGUUAGUAAUCCAUCCUUUUUAGAUCUGGUGAGAACUCCCCAAAUGAGGAAGUGCACCCUUAUACUUAUGUUUGCUUGGUUCACGAGCGCCGUGGUUUACCAAGGACUCGUCAUGCGCCUGGGGAUCACAGGAGGCAAUCUCUAUAUUGACUUCCUCAUUUCCGGAGUGGUGGAGUUACCAGCAGCGAUCUUGAUCUUACUGACCAUUGAACGCUUAGGCCGUCGCCUGCCUUUUGCUGUCAGCAACAUAGUAGCAGGGGUGGCAUGUCUUGUCACUGCGUUCUUACCAGAAGGAAUACCCUGGUUAAGGACCACAGUGGCUACCCUGGGCAGACUCGGGAUAACCAUGGCCUUUGAAAUCGUUUAUUUGGUCAACUCGGAAUUGUAUCCAACGACCUUACGAAACUUUGGAGUUUCUCUCUGUUCAGGUUUGUGUGAUUUUGGGGGAAUCAUAGCCCCAUUUUUGCUCUUCCGGCUAGCAGCUGUGUGGCUUGAACUACCUCUUAUCAUUUUUGGUGUCCUGGCAUCCAUCUGCGGUGGUCUUGUCAUGCUUCUGCCUGAAACCAAGGGCAUGGCCUUGCCAGAGACAGUCGACGACGUGGAAAAGCUUGGCAGGAAGAAGAAGACCCCAGUUUCCAGCUCUCACUUUUGAGGCCGCUGCGGAAGGGGCCGGGAAGGAGCUGACCCCGCCCCUGCAGGGCCAGCCGGACCUUGAGGCCAACAUGCUGCUUCAGCCCCGCCGGGACACCCAAGCAAGCCAGAGUGUUGUUGAGAAUGUUGGACACGUUCCCCCAUGUGCGCAACCCACAAGGACACACAGCCACCGGCCGGCUCAGCUGAGCCCCUGGGCACACACAGCAACGGCCGGGGUGGCGGGGGUCUCAGCCCUAGCCACUUCCCAUGACAGCUCCACGCUGGUGGAAACUCGGGCUGUGAGUGUCCGGAAGAUUCCGGGAUGAGACUGGGGGUCCUGCUCAGAGAGAGACCCAAGGCUUCCUCUCCGUGCACCCCUGAAGCAUGGGAGAGGGGGGCAGUAAAGGCAUACUUAGGCCUCAGCCAUAAAGGACAGAGCAUUGGAGAGAGGGGGGCUCUUGGUCCCCGACACAAGUGUGGGGCCACACUUAGUCCGGAGAUGGUUCUGAGCGGCGCAUGGUCCUCCUGGGGUAGACACCGAACAGCAGAGCCAGUGGACGCCACCUCUUAGCAUUUAAUGUCAAAGCGCUAUCUGCCCUCUGCUUGUGAGUGCCUGCCACGCUCUGCCUGUGGUCAGGAGGGGAAAGCACUUUUGUCUUUGAAAGAAGCUGACGUUUUAACUUAAACACAGAUCAGAGAUCUCCAGAAAGGAAAGAGCGGGAGCUUUAUAGGUGGCUUCACAGAUACUACUCGAGAUUGGGGGAGCGGGCGGGUCUUCCUGCUGGAAGCGCAGAGCUACCUCCCUCUGAGGUUCUGCUUUAUAUUUUAUAUUUCUCCUAUUUUUCAGGCCCAGCAUCUUUCUGAUGCAAAAGUUUUUCAUGACUUGGUGUGUGUGCACAGGCCAGAUGGGCACCGCGGGGGGAACCCCUGGCCGUGGAGGCGUGGCGUCCUGCGGACAUCUGCAGCUGCCUGCCGUGUCGGUGCUGCCCGGCAUCCAGGGGUGGAGAAUGUUGGAUUUGGGGAUGGAAUCAGCACAGCUCUCGGAUUCACCCUUUAUACAGAUGCACUUGCAUUUUUACUUCCUUUCCUCUCACCCUGGAAUUGUAUUCUGAGUGGAUGUGUUUUUUUUUUUUUUUGGUCUUGGUACUAAUAAAACCAUGCAAAUUGUUAA